CGACGUCCCUGUUAGCCAGCCAGCCAGGUAGUGCCUUGCCUAGCACGUCCUUUUCUUUCUCUUUCUCCGUGGUCUCAAUUUCCUGUGCUUCUCCUUCAACAAGUAGGGUGUACUCCCUUGACUGCUUUUCGUCAUGAGCGUCCUUGUACCCACCAAGUUUCCUAGCGUCGCCGCUGUCAUGCUUGCCUGCGUUGUAUCUCUCGUUUGCCUAUUGCUUGCACGCAUAUUGUAUUCCUUUAUGCGCCUCUGGUCUUGUCAUUCUCUAUCAACAGCGUCCGACGAGAAGACCCCUGCCUGGUCCUCUUUGUUGUCACUAACCAACACAUGGAGUCGGUCUUUGCAGCAUGCUCUCCCAGCAUCACUACCCUUUUCGUUGACCAUCCCGGAGAAACCAUCACCUGAAGUUGGCACAGGAGCAGGCGUAGGACUUUCGCAUAAACGUCUGGAAUCUCUUCCCGGCAAUUGGCAUUUGUGUCGACCGGGUCCUCCACCACCACCAGCCGUGUACCAAAAUCCUGCGCCUCUCUCCAUGGCAAAGCUGAUCAUGUCACGACACACCUUUCGCCGCCCCAAUCCAAACCGUCCACGGAAAUUGUCUACCGCAUCCUCGUCCCGCCCGCCACAGCCUACCUCCCACCUGUUCCAUUCCAUAGCAUAAACAGAAAUAAUAUUUCAAUUCCCGCGCCAAAAUAACACCGGAUUUUAGGCCCUGUGUGUGGAUGGCCUACAUACUCUGGCCGGAAAUAACUUAUACCUCACCCACGCUAAUUCACGAACAAAUUUCAAUGG